AUAACAGUAAGAGCCAUGAGUAUUUCAGAAUUGUGUCGCGCAACUCCCGAGUACAUACUACUCAUCAAAAUCCGAUUCAAAUUGACUUUGCAGAAGUACCGAAACGACGAAAGCCUAAAGGCUGAGUUACUCGACGCCAUAAAAAGGAGAAACAUGACCCGCCACUACGAAGACGUGUGCAAGGAGCUCGACUGGAAAGUCGACGAAGAUCUCCUGAACAGGAUGAAGCGUGAGAACGAGAUCACUUGGAAAAGGAUAGAGUCCUCCGACGGCUCUGCUCUCGAGGACAGCGAGAGAAAAAACUGGAAAGAGAAAUUCGAAUUCCUUUGCGAAACCGGCGAUCUCGAUCGCGCCGAGAGCAUCGUGAACGCCGUCACAAACGACGAGACCAACUCGUCCAGCGUCAGAAUCGAGGCUGCGUUCGGCUUGUUCAGAGUAGCGUAUAUCAAAAGUAACGUCCACUCGAUGGGCCGGACGAUCGUCAAGAUAACAAACUUGAUGGAAGGAUCUUGCGCGUCGGGCAACAACUGGUGUUGCCGCAACAAGCUGAAAGUAUACGAGACCGUUUACUAUCUGGCGAUACGGAACUUCGCUCGCGCCGCGCGCCUUUUGCUCGAUUGCAUCCCCACCUUCGAAUCCUACGAAUUGUUGCCUUUCAAAGAGGUCGUAGAGUACACGGUGCUGUCGGGGAUGAUCUCCAUGUCUCGAUCGGAGCUUAACUCUCAGUUCAACAACAACGGCCUUCUGCAACAGGCUCUCAUCACCGAGACUCCCAAAUAUAGAGAAUACCUCUAUUCCCUUCACGAUUGCCAUUACAAAGAAUUCUUCGAGAACCUCGCCUGGAUAGAGCGCGAGCUCAGGGCAAAUCCUCUGCUCCACCUCCACUGUCGCUAUUACGUGAGGGAGAUGCGCCUAAAGGCGUACAGUCAGCUACUGCGAGCGUACAGGACCAUCAAUUUGAGCAGAAUGGCGACAGAGUUCGGCGUGACGGAAGAAUACAUAGAGCAGGAGGUGGCGCGUUUCAUCGCCAAUGGUAGAUUGCACUGUAAAAUCGAUAAGGUAGCGGGGACGAUCGUUACCAUCAGCGCCGCCGGGUGCAGCAGAGGACAGGCACCUGAUGUUUCCUGCGAUCGAGAGUUGAUCUAUCAAAAUAUAAUAAAAAGGGGCGACGCACAAUUCAAUGGAAUAAUGGCGACACGACUUCUCACGAAAUAUCCUCGAUCGAUUUACAAAGGGAACAAAGAAGCCAAGCAACCUUUCAACUAUUUGCUCGUACUGGACUUUGAAUGCACUUGCAAGAAGUAUGAAAAGAUUGACCCUCAGGAAAUUAUCGAACUUCCCUGCGCGGCGGUGUCCACGACAAGCUGGGAGGUGGAGAACGUUUUUCACGAGUACAUCAAGCCAAAGCACCAUCCUCGGCUCGAUCCGUUUUGCACAGAGCUCACCGGAAUCGUGCAGGAUAUGGUAGAAAAUCAACCUCACUUUCCAGAGGUGUUUGAAAAGUUUUGCGACUGGCUGGAAGAGCACAAAUAUUUCAAAGACGGGAACGAUUCCACGUUUGUCACGUGCGGUGACUGGGACUUGAAGCACAUGCUGCCAAAACAGUGCGAGUUGGAAGACAUACCUCUGCCCAAGCAAUUCAUGAAGUGGAUAAACUUGAAAAAUGUUGUUUGUGACGUGACAGAUUAUUACCCACGAAGCUUGUCGGACAUGCUCUCGUAUCUCAAUCUCCCGAUAAUAGGAACACUGCACUCCGGCAUAAACGACGUGGAGAAUAUGGUCCAAAUAAUACAAGCACUUCAAUCGCAAAACAACACAGAGUUUAAGAUCAACACUGUACAUUACAAUAUUUUAAGGCAAUAUAUGAAUAAGUAGGGAACUCAUUGAAAAUUAAUUUAUUGAUAGUAAAAAUACUGUCUGUAUAAAAAUUAAAAAGCUGUAACGUGUUUUGUAUAAUAAAUAUUUCAAUA